GUUUUAUUAAUUUAUAGAGGAAUAAUAUUUAUCGUAUAAAUUUCAAGAUUUCUUGUAAAUAAAAUUAGAGUUUUAUAAUUUUAUACUUCUAUCGGAGCCGAUGUUAAUUUCAUUAGGCGACGGAUAUAUGUACGUGUAUAUAUGUAUAUGUAUGCAUAAAAUGUAAACACAUAUAUGUAUGUAUAUUUCGUCUCCGUUGCAUUAGCUUAGAAAGAAUAGAGUUUUAGAACGAGAUAGCGAGUCGCUGACCAAUUAAUCGAGACUUCGGAUGUAACCUCGCGCGCGCGCGCACGCACACGCACCACGCAUGUGUAUAUACAUGCGCUUUCAUAUCUCGAUCUUCUCGACUCUUCUUUGUAUUGACCCACCCACACUCCGGAAUCUUUCGGGCGUUCGUUCGUCUCAGAUUGCUCUCAACUUUUACGAGCUGAGACAAAGGGCGAGCGGAGCCGACAGGACGGUACACGGUGUUCGGAGCGAAGUGCCGGAGUCGCCGCGAGUCAACGGAUCGAUCAUGGAGCGGCGCGCAUCGCGCCUCCGAGCGCCCUGAAGAGAAAAGCGUUGUUCUCUACCGCCCAGCGAGGCGACGAGGAGAAAGAGUCCGCGCGAGUGUCAGCGGUCGAGUCGCAUUGCGUCGUCUCGUUCGCAUUCGACUGCGCUGGGCGUCACUGCGUCGGGGAGCAGAUCGGUAUCGAGGACGGCACGACGCAUGAACGCACGUCGAACGUCGGGUGGUUGAGAACCGCUCCUCCGGUAUAUUUGUAUAUUUAAUUCCUCCUUAUCUCUCCCUCUCUCUCUCUUUCUGUCCUGGCGGUGCGCGCGAUGCACCGUGCAUGGAAUUCGCGCGACGCAAGAGGAAUGCUCGUCGCCCUCGCGGCGUCGCAUGCCGCCGUCGUGGUAUCGCGAGUUUCGCACAAUUCGGCUGCGAGACAUGAUCCGUCGGGACUCGUUUGUAUAAGUCAUAAGAUGUAUUAAAUUGCCCCAUCUAUUGCUUGCGAUACCGUCGUCUGAGAGUGCACGCCGACGAGCCGUGCGACGUUGACGCAACAUAUCGCGACAAUGCCGUCUUUGUUUGCAUUAUUGUCACUAGAAGAGGAAAACGCUGUUUUUUUUUCUUCUACACAUAUAACUCGUCGCAGGUGAACUUUACAUCCUCGGCACAAUGACUUCGGGUUACUUCACUUUACCAGUUAAUAUGGACAGGGUGUGUAGGAUCUGUCUGACUGAGCGCACCAACUUGUCCUCAAUUUUCUCCUCCGAGAAGGAACCUCUGGAGGUGAAUGAUCUCACAGAUCUCUCGCAGAAGAUACAAGUCUGCGGCUCCAUCGAGAUACAUGAACAGGAUGGAUUGCCUUCCCUCAUAUGCGACGCUUGUAUCUAUAAAGCCAGCGUCGCCCACGAAUUCAGGCAGCAGUGCCAACACUCCGACGCUAGGUUGCGCAUGUACUACAAUAAGCCUGCCAAGUGUAUUAAACCUGCUAUGGAUUUUCAGGACUCUUGCACACAGACAGAUAUACAAAUUGUAUUGUCAAAGAAGCCAGACCCUUUCCAAGAGGAUUAUUUUACAAGGGAAGACAUGCAAGUGGUUGCUGCGAGUGUGCAAGAAGAGUACAUUCAAACUACCACUGUUACUUCGUUUCCCAAAAGCGAAGUCAAUCUGAACGCCAAUCAAAUUCAGAUACCAGAUGAGAAACUGUUCAUUUGUUCCAUCGGAUUUGAAGGGGGUAAAGAAGAAGGAGGGAAGGAUUCCUGCCUAGCGGAGGUUCAUCAAAUGACGCACAUAGCGGAGGAGCAAGUGCCGGAUACGUCUAACAUCAUCAAUUUACAAAACAAGGAUGACGACAUCAAAGAGACUAAUCAGUACAUGGAAAAAAAUAAUGCGGAACAAGAGGAGCAAUUUGUCAAUGAAAGCCUACCUAAUAAUAGUGUACAGGAAGAGGAGAGCGUUCCGCAAAAGCGUACGUCCACGAGAAAGGCAAAAUCGGCUAGAAAAAUGUACAGCGACGACGAGAUCGUUGACAAUUAUUACGAGCCGAGCAGUGAUAGUCAGGAUUCAGUGGAGACGAAAUUCAAAUGCAAGAUCUGUUCCAAGCAGUAUGCCACGCAAAAGGGUCUGAAGAAGCACUCGUUGGUCCACGAGAAGAAGUACAAGUGCGACAUCUGCCUGAAGAUGUUCUAUAAGCAGGAGAACAUGGAAAACCAUCGGAAGAUUCACGUGUCGAAGCCGCACGUGUGUCAGCUCUGUCACGCGUCCUUCUCCAAGUCUCAGAGCCUCGUGAGACACUUGAAGUCGCAUACGGAGAAGGUGAACGAUAUGAUAAAGCAGAUCAAUACGAGUGAACGAAAAGACAAUAAGGAGCCGAAGAAGGAGCUCAAGAGCGAGGACGACACCGAUGACGAAACCGGGCCGGCUGGAAACGAAGCGGAUGAAUUCGAGAAUCCGCCCGAGUUGUACAAGUGCGAGAUCUGCAACCAGUAUUGCUCAUCCUUGAAAAACCUAAGAAGACACGCCCUUGUGCACGGGGACAAGAAGUACUCCUGCACCGUGUGUAAGAAAUGGUUCUUCAGGCCGGACACGUUGAAGAAGCACGCGGAGAAGCAUGGGCAUGGGCUGCUGGAUAAUCUGGUGGACGACAACAAGCUAUACGACUCGGACGACAAUGACUUACCGAGCGGUAACACGAUGAACGCCACGCCGGAAACCGAGAACGUCAAGAAGGAGGAGAGCGACGAAGAGGGAUCCGGGGAGUACAAGUGCCAGCACUGCGACAAGGUCAUGGCCACGAAGAAGGGUCUGCGACGGCACGUAUCGAUGCACAAGCCGAAGGCUGAGCCUGUUACGUGCGAGAUCUGCAGAAAGGUUUGCGCUAGUCAGGCACGUCUCGUUCUCCAUCAGAGGACGCACAAGCCGAAGGAAAAGGUGCCGCGCGAGUACCUGUGUCACAUCUGCAGUAAGGUGUACCCGAGCAAUUCGUCCCUCACCUAUCACAUGCGAACUCACACGGGUGUCAAGCCACACGUAUGUACGACGUGCAAUAGCGGCUUCACGACCACGACUAGCCUGGCGAAUCACAUUCGCAUUCACACGGGCGAUAAGCCGUUCGUCUGUCAUGUAUGUAGCGCCGCAUUCGCAGUGAGUUCGGCCUUUCGCAGGCACUUGACCCGGCAUACCGGCGAGGCAAACUACCUCUGCAAGACCUGCGGCAAAGCGUUCAAAAGGCUCAGCACAUUGAAGGAACACACGUACACGCAUUCGGGCGAGAAGCCGUACGUAUGCAAGACGUGUGGUGCCGCGUACAGCCAUAGCGGCAGUCUGUUCGCGCAUCAGAAGCGCUGUCGCGCCCAGUACGGCGAGAUGAUCGUCGAUGAUCACAAUCAUCAUCACAUACCGCACACGGUCACCCACAUCCACGUGAAUAUGAAUAAUGUGAAUAACGGAACGGCGGUACGACCAGUCGCUGUGAUAGGUCAAAUGUUCUAAGAAUGAGGAAUGUGAUGUUACAAAUUACAACCGUUAUUCGUGAGUGUCUGCGACGAAUUGUCGUAUACAAGCUAUUGCUGCUACAGCUGUAAAUUCUACGCAUACGAAACGCAUGCAACACAAGUUAUACGUCAGCUCUGUAAAUACACGUGCCAGCUCUUUUGUCAUAAUGGAUAACGUUCCUUGGAUAUACCCGGCGUUCGAAGACAUUAGUGCUCAAGCAACACAGAUUCAAAAUACGUUUAAUAAACGUUAGAAAUCAAUUUCAACCCUUUCAGCUGAAAAAGUAAACGUUAAAAGUUUGAUUUUUUUCUAAAAAACAUUUUUAAAAAAAGCUUUUAUAAGAUUUUAAAAGAUUUUAAAAAGAUCUUAUAAUGUUUACUUUAAUAUUUUUACUAGUUUAAAAUAUAAUAAAUUAUUUAUUAAAAUAUAAUUUAAUAAAAUGUUUCGUAAAUGUUUUUUUCACAUAAAAACGUAUAGCUAAACAUUUUUUAAUAUUUAAAAGAUUUAUUAAACGUAAAUAGUUUGCUUGAGUGCUUUGCUUUUAAACCACGUAAAUGAGUAUCCAUGGUAAUAAAAUUAAACAUAAUGUUUACACGAGGAAGAAUGAAGAAUUUUCAAAAUGGAACAAUUACUGUUGUUAAAAAUUGUGAACUAUUUUUUUAUUAUUUGAUAUCGUAGGUAUGAAUAUUUGUGGAUUCCACAUAUUUCAACAUGUGUACAUAUAUACAUAUAUAUUUUUGUAUGUAUUCGUAUAAUCCAGAUCUUGUUGUACCACAUAUUACAUGAUAGUUGUUUACGUUGUGUUAUUUUAGGAGAGAAUAAUUACAAGUCUUUGUCAUACAGCAAAGUUCCAUUUCUUUCCUUCAUCUGUAAAGUGUUAUUUAUCUGAUUAUUUAUCGAAUCGAUUAUCAUGAAAAUUAAAUUAAUAAAUGAAUUGGAAACAAGAGAGAAAUUAAGAAAAUUAAUUCACGAUGGAAAAGAAAAAUAUAACGCGACUGUAUUUAGAAAUUCAAAUAAUCGAAACGCAUAUCUUCUAUCUUUUUCUUUUAGAUUUAGAAAUUUGUAUGCAUGAUGAUGAAUUUAUAAAAAAAAGCCAACAUACGAAGCGUAAUUAUUAAUCGUUUGAUUUUUAGUGUGUUUUAAAAAUUCCGAUAGUUGCGCAAGAAUAAUAGCACUAGAAAUGUAAUAUCAGGUAUACAAUUUCUGGGCUGUGAUUAUAUUGUGUACGUGAUAAUCGAAUGAAAGAACUCGAUAUGAUUAUUUAAUAAAUUUAAUCGGCAUGUAUUCGAUCGCCAAAUGUCAUAAUUAAAUGAAUGAUAAUCAUAUUCAUACUCUGUACACAUUUACGAAAAUAGUUAAUUAUAUAAAUAAAAUGAGGACUAAAUAUUAUCACAGAAGAAAAUAAUAUUGUGCGAUCAUAUUUUUUAACUUUGUUAAAAAUGAAAAUCUUAACAUUAUAUGUUAAGUACAUAAUGUAACUAUCAAGAAAGAUAUCUUAUGUUCUUUUAACUGAAAAUAUUGUGUUGAAAGUAAUAAUUACAAUAUCAUUUUUGAUAAUUAUUGAUUAGCAAAAACAUGCUUAUUUUUUUUGACAAAUCGUAUUUAAAGUAUUAGAUUUACUUUAAUUUUUAAUUUAAUAGAUAAAAACGUGACUUAUAUAAAAUAAAGUGUACAAAUAUACAUAUACAUAUAUAUAAUUUAGUUAUAUAUAUAUAUAUAUACAGGUAUAGACGAGACUGAUCAUCAUUCAUUUAAAUAUUUAAUGGUAUAAAAUUUGUAAAUCUUAUUUUCUCAAAUGCUGAAUGAAGUAAAAUUUAUAUUUUAAAAUCUUAGCUAGUAUUGUCAUUUUAUUAUAUUUUUUGUACCGCUAAUAGAAGUAUUAGCUUUUCAGUCUACAGUUCUUGUUGCGAUAUAGAUCUCUCCAUCUCAUUAUUAUAUGAUUAUCAAUGCAUAAUUAAAUGAAUUUUUUAUCGAUCAAAAAA